UAGAGGCAUGAACGUGAGGUUAGACUCUUCACACUCGAUGAGAAAACAUUCUCACAUAAUUAAUUGUCGACAUUUACAAGAUGACAUUACCCCCGAAAUGUACACUUACACAGACUGACAAAGAUAAAUGUCUGCUUCAUGAUUUUGUAAAAGACGGAACACAUUUUUAACCGUAUUUCGUUUCUAACAAAUUAGCCAUGAGUGAAAUAUUUGGUGUCACUGUCCUUUAAUUAUGUUUCCAUUUGUCUGUCGUGGAAUAAUGAGAGCUGCCAUCCACACGCGUAGGAUCAGCAGAGGAACUCUGCCCGGCAGACUUCUGUCCUCCUGUGAUGGUGUUCCAGCUGGACUAGCUGAUGCUGAUACCAUCUUUGCCUUGUCAUCAGGUCAUGGCAGGUGUGGUGUUGCAGUGGUGCGAGUCAGUGGUCCAGCCUCGGCUACGGCACUGAGGUGUAUGGCUGGGCUCACACGCAGCAGCCUGCCUCCUCCACGCAAAGCUUUGUUACGAUGCAUCACAGACGCCAAAGGCAAAGAAGUGUUGGACCGUGGACUUGUUCUCUGGUUCCCUGCUCCUCACAGUUUCACAGGAGAGGACAGUGUGGAGUUCCACAUCCAUGGUGGUACUGCUGUCAUUACUGCUGUUCUUCAGGCUCUAGGAAGCGUGCCUGGCAUGAGGCCUGCUGAAGCUGGAGAGUUCACGCGAAGGGCCUUUCAAGCAGGAAAACUGGGUCUCACAGAGGUGGAAGGACUCGGGGACCUGAUCCACGCCGAGACGGAAGCCCAGAGGAGACAGGCCCUCAGGCAGAUGUCAGGAGACCUGGGACGCCUUUAUCAGAACUGGAGCCACAAACUAAAACGGUGUCUUGCUCAUGUUGAGGCCUUCAUCGACUUCAGUGAGGAUGAACUAAUUGAGGACGGGGUUUUAAACCAAGUGGACACAUCGGUUUGCCAUUUACAGGCAGAGAUGGAGCGACACCUGAAGGACGAAAGGAAGGGCGAGCGGCUUCGCAGUGGCGUGCAGGUGGUCAUCGCGGGAGCUACUAAUGCGGGAAAAAGUAGCCUGCUCAACACACUUUGCCAGAGACCUGCUGCCAUUGUGUCUCCCAUGGCUGGGACCACCAGGGACAUAGUGGAGACAGCACUGGACAUAGGCGGCUUCCCCGUCCUGUUGAGUGACACAGCGGGCCUCAGAGACAGCCCAGACGUGGUGGAAAGAGAGGGAGUCCGUCGAGCUCGGGAAAGGGUCGAACAGGCAGAUCUGACUCUUGUAGUUGUGGACUGUGCUCACCUUCUCACUGAUGCGCAACAGGCUGUAGACGUCCUUCAGACACACCUGAUGUGUGUGUUGUCCUCCCAGGAGCAGCCUGAGACAGACAGGUGCCUGUUGGUGUUGAAUAAAAGUGAUCUGCUGCCUGAGUGUGAAAGACAGAAGCUGGACAGAGAGAUGAGACGGGUUUCUGGACUUCCUCCUGUCUGUCUGAUCUCCUGUCACACUAAUGAUGGACUGCAGGACUUUCUGACAGUGCUGCACAGCAGUGUCAAAACUCUGUGUGGCGACCCCCUGUCUGGAGCCCCCACCCUGACCCAGGCCCGCCACAGGGCCCACCUGCAGCAGUGUGUGGCAGCUCUGGCUCAGUACAAAAGGCACCGUGACACUGACCUUGCUCUGGCAGCAGAGGGUGUCCGGUUGGCUCUCACCAGCUUGGGCCGGAUCACUGGACGAGUUGCGGCAGAGGAGAUCUUAGAUAUAAUCUUCAAAGACUUCUGCAUUGGGAAAUAGUCAGAUGAGCGAGAGUGAAAACACAAAUAACAUGUAAUAAAUUAUGGGUAUGUUUGGAUAGCAGGGCUGUGGUGUUCUCAUGACGUCCCAGAGCGUCAAUAAAGAGAACUGGACAAAAGGGCACAGCCUUGGCACGGUGCCAGGCUUCGAGGCAUAGCCCGGAGUGAAGAGAAUGAAAUUUGUGUUCCUGGCUGUGGAAUCACCUCUGCUCCCAAGACACAAACAUGUUUAUUUAUGUGUUGAUGCUUUUUUAAAACUAAGACUGAAAUAGUUUUUGUUUGGUGACAGGUGCCUCAGAGGCCCCAUCUGCUGCACAAGUGUUUGGCAAGAUUUAAGUCAUGAUAUAAAAAUAGAUUUUUGAAACUUUUUGAUUUCUGGACCACAGGCACAGAAGUCACAACAAUAUGAGUAAAGUCUGCUGCAGAUCUGUGAGGCUGUGGACUCAACGUUUGGAUGUUUAGUUUCAAGUUUUUGAAAGAUUUCUGACAGGGUUUUUUUUGACAAGUGG